AUGGCAGUGAGUGUAGCCUGGCCAGGAGGCGGAGGAGAUGGUGAGGAGGACGUAGCUGUUGCUGGAGGUACUGCCUCGCUGGUCUUCUGGGCCGUGGCCGGGAGGUAUGCUGCGCCUGUGGCCGGCUACUUCCCGCCGCUGGAGGAGGCCACGGAGACCAUCCAGCUCGAUCUGCUGCCGGUUGUCAGAUCGUCUGCUGGCGGUGGCGGUGGCGAUGACGAUGGCGGCGGCGGUGGCGGUGGCGAUGACGAUGAUGUGGUGAUCGACAUCAUUCGCGUCCUCAAGGCAUGCUCACUCUCUGUCUGCCAAACUCGUGUCGUCACAAACGUCAUCGAGGCCAGCUACCGCUCGUCCUCGGCAUCGAAUCCGCGGCCGCACCCACAGUGGCUUGCGUCCACCACCGUCACGUCAAGGCGCUUUGCUCACACCCGCUGGCGAUCAGAGUCGGCUGCCGCCCUGGACUCGCCGGCCUUCAACAGUUGUCGUGGCGAGGAUGAUGGUUGGGCGCUGAUGAAGCCUGAGAUUGGACCGGGCGCUGGCCGCCGCAGGCGCGGGGUGGCCUUUGGCGACAACGCCAUUCAACGCGCAGUCUCGGCGUCCGACUCUGACUCGGACGUCUCGGAUGGAUCGGGAGCAGGUGGCGGGCGUCGGAGGAGCUUUGCCCCGUGCUCGCGAUCUGGCUCCGAGUCCGGUUCCGACAUGGCGCGCGAGGAUGGCGACAGGUGUGGCGUGGCGCUGGACCUACUGAGCGGACCGGUCGACUCGUCGGUGGAGGACGAGCGAGUGCGGAGGAGGCAGGCGCGGCUGGCGGCGCGACGGGCGCGGAUGCAGGCGAGCAGACAAGGUGCUCCGGCCGACGAGCGAUCCGAGGCAUCAGCUGGUGGUGCUAGCGAAGACACCGGUUCGCAGCGUUGCUCGAGCCCGAUCCUCUCUCCGUCGCCGUCGACGGUCGAGCUACGGCGUGAGCUACGACGAAAGCGGAUGCAGGAGAAGAUGGGCCGGUCGACCGACGGGUCGGGCGCCGAGGCGCAACGCCGGGCGCGCCGCGAGUCGCUGGCGUCAUCGACGACGACAGAAGCCGAGUGUGAGGCGCACUCGCAGUUUAUGUCACUCUCGACCGAAGUCCGACGGGCACGGCGGGCGAAGCGAGCAGCGGCAGCAGCAGCAGCAGCACCGGCGGUGGAGGCAACGGCGCCGAGCCCGAGCCGGUCCGAGUCGCGGGCGUCACGAGCCUCGCGGGCGUCCUCGGUGUCGGACGAGCGCUCCGAACUUAGUUUCACCGAGCUGAGCACACAUCCGACUGAGCCUAUGGCGCGGCCAUUGCGAUCGGGCGCAGCCUUUGUGGGCGUGGCGUCUGUGGGUGUGGCGUCGUCGCCGGUGGCGCCCUCACCGAGUCCAGAGCCGAGAGAUGGCAGCCGGAGCAGCAACGACGAGCUGUCCGAGCUGGCGUCACGACGGGCCGCGCGACAGGCGCAACGAAACGAGCAUGCGAAUGCGCGACAGCAGCUCGUAGAUACGCUCAACGCGCUCGACGACCUGGCAGCCGAAGCCGAGCCCAACACGGCUUCAAGCGAGUGCUCAUCGGGGUGGUUUGACUCAGCCGAGAGCCCGCCGCGGGCGGUCCAGGCUGCAAUCCGCCCCGUGCCUAAAGUGCCAACGAUGCGGGCUGCAUCGGCCGCGGACACGGCACCAAAGGACGUGGCUGAUGCUUCUCUGAACGAGCUUGCUGCGCGCCGUGAAGCGCGACUGCGGCGUCGGGCCGAGCUCCGCGCUAUGCGAGCUGCGCUGGACGCCGAGGUCGAGUCGGGUGAACAGCCUGAGCCCAGACCCGAGGCUGAGGCCGAACCCCAACCUGAUCGACUUGCUGCUCGCCGCGAGGAGCGUCGUCGCCGCCGCGAGGCACUGCGCCAAGCGUCGGCUGAUCCCGAGCCCACGCCCGAUCCUGAACCUGCGCCCGAGUCCGAGCCCACGCCUGAUUCCAAGCCCACGCCCACACCCGAUCCCGAGCCCAUGCCUUCGCCCUCACCCUCACCCGAACCCCAACCCGAUCGACUUGCUGCUCGCCGCGAGGAGCGUCGUCGCCGCCGCGAGGCACUGCGCCAAGCGUCGGCUGAUCCCGAACCCACGCCCGAUCCUGAACCUGCGCCCGAGUCCGAGCCCACGCCUGAUUCCAAGCCCACGCCUACACCCUCACCCAAACCCCAACCCGAUCGACUCGCCGCUCGCCGCGAGGAGCGCCGCCGCCGCCGCGAGGCACUGCGCCAAGCGUCGGCUGAUCUGGCGUCCUCGCCCGAUCCCGGACCCAAGCCCACGCCCACACCCGACCCCGAGCCCAUGCCCUCGCCCUCACCCUCACCCGAACCCCAACCCGAUCGACUCGCCGCUCGCCGCGAGGAGCGCCGCCGCCACCGCGAGGCACUGCGCCAAGCAUCGGCUGAUUCCGAACCCACGCCCGAUCCCAAACCUGCGCCCGAGACGACGACGUCCUAG